AUGACAGCCCAGCUAUACCCGACGGAGCGCUCACUCAUCAUCAGACCGGACACUCUCGACGGGAUUCAGCAGCCGGAAGCUUUGACACCACACCUUGAAAGGCCUCCAUCUCCUCAGCCAUACACUAUCAGAUCUGUCGCAAACACCCAUUACCUGAUCGAGAAGGAAGGACUCCCCAUCUGGAUUGAGAAAGACGAGUGCUGGCUGGGCUCUUCCGCUAGUGAUAGCGAAGAUGAGAAGGCGACAGCUCCGAAGAAAAGGAUAUUCACACCACGAGAGAUCCUAUUCAUCACCAACGUUUGCCUGGCUCAACACGUGUCCCUCGCCGCUCUGGCGCAGACGUUCGCCCCGCUCAUCGAUCUGUCGAGGUUCUACAACAUAAAUGAGCCCGGCCUGAUAGCUUGGCCGACAGCAUCCUACUCCUUGACACUCGGCAGCUGCAUCUUACCUUCGGCAAGGCUGGGCGACAUGUAUGGCCAUAAGAAGAUGGUCAUCAUCGGCUGGGUGUGGUUCUCUGUAACAUCGGUCGCUUGCGGCUUCAGCCAGUACGGGACCAUUCAGAAUCUCACGCCAUGCAGGGCUUUGCAAGGAAUCGGACCGGCCCUCCUGGUGCCCAAUGGACUCGCGCUGUUUGGGAGAAACUUUCCCAUGGGCGUCAAGCGCAAUGUGGAGAUAUCGCUGUUCGGUGGCAGCGGGCCUCUGGGGGUGGUGACCGGUGCUGUCUUCUCGAGCCUCAUAGCCGAGACGGCGUCAUGGCCGUGGUCGUUCUGGGUCCUUUCAACAGUGGCAGCCUUGAUAUCGGUACUCUCAUACCUCGUCAUACCUGCGGACAACCUCCCGCCCCACUUGGAUUUGUCGAAGAAAUCUCGCAAACAUUUCGACUUCUUAGGAGCUUUUACCGGCGUCGGCGGACUAAUUCUCAUCAACUUCGCUCUCAACCAAGCGCCCCUGGUCAAUUGGUCGAAUCCAUAUAUCGGAGUCACACUAGGCCUCGGCGUGAUCCUGAUUGCUGCCUUCGUGUACGUGGAGCUGGUCGUGGCACAUCAGCCGCUCAUCCCGCUCAAAGGCCUCAAAAAGGUUGCAGGUCUUACAUUGUCCUGCGUUGCAGUAGGAUGGGCCUCCCACGGUAUCUGGUCUUACUACAUGUUCCUUCUCAUAGAGCAAACCCGACACCAUACGCCGCUCGAGGCUUACCUGAGAUUCUGGCCCGUUGCGCCGGUCGGGCUAGCAGCAGCACUCGCAGUCAGCUUCCUGCUCAAGCGACUGAGGGUGUCUUUCUUGAUGAGCACGGCCAUGCUCUGCUUCCUGCUCGGCUGCCUGUUCCUCGUGACGGCGCCUGCGGAUCAGGGCUAUUUCCCGAAUACGUUUUUGAGUGUGAUCAUCACGCCCUUCGGCAUGAACUGGAGCUUCCCGACAGCAGUAAUCCUGAUGAGCAACGCUGUACAUCGAGAACAUCAAGGCAUUGCCGCAAGUCUGGUCUCGACGAUGGUGAAUUACAGCAUCAGCACUGGUCUUGGUUUAGCCGGUAGCGUUGAUCAUAUCUUACAGCAGAGCACGGCAUGUUGGCAGGCUACCGCGCGGCGUGGUAUCUCGGGAUAG